AUGACGUACAAUACGGAAAGCACAGGAGCCUUGUAUGAAGUUAAAUUCAAAUACGGGGGAGAAGUUGAUGAUAUGGGCGGAGGAGCAGCACUUGAACCUCUAGUCAAGUUCAGUCGUUUUAAUACCGCUGCAAGGAUUUUCAACCGCUCCCAACUAUAUGCACUGUUUGACGGACGCCAAAGCUCCGAUGUCGUUGCUUUUCACCCGGGUAAAGAGAAUUGGAAUAAAGUGGAAGUUGACACUCAUGAUUAUACUUCUUUCCGAGGGAGAGCCGUAGUUGUAGGCGAGACUAUCUACACCAUGAAUCUGUUUGAUGUGGAUGUUCCUCGUGUAUCUAAUAACUAUGCCUAA